AUGCGUGUCAAUUCCAUGCUAUUCACGCGCAACAGUAUACAUGUGGAGCAUUGCGAGAUAGUCUCUCGCCAUCUUGGCCACGAUUGGGAACGCCUUCGAGAUGGUUCGGCGAACCGUAGCCUCAUUGACGUGGCCCUUGCUCGGCGCCUCGGCGGUAUAGUAGAGAUGGCAGGCUUCAUCUCCUUGGCGCGGUCCGCCAUGGCGUAA